AUGCUUGCGAGAACGAUACACCCCCCUGCGCCCAGUACCGGCCUCCUCCGCCCGGCCCUCGCCGCCACUAGACCCCUCACCACCAGCUUCCCAGCCCGCAGGCAGCGAGAUCCUCCACCCAGAGGUCAUGUACGCCCCGCGCCCCCCCGACGUCCUAUACGUCCCUCCAGUUUUCCAGCGGCCAGCCCAAACACCACCGCCCAGUAUGCUCCUUUCUCCGUAGAGGGCAUCGACGUCCAUACGCCAGUAUACCAAUCAGGCCACGUCAAUAUCCCGCCAGAUCCAGAAGGCGUCCUGGGAGACAGUCAUGCCGCGAGAGAAGUCUUGGGGCAUGAAAGUCUGGUAGUCGUAAGACAGCUGGAGAUGCUCAAUGUGUUUAUGGGCUUUGAACAAGCAAACCGAUACGCCCUACACUCUCCCGAUGGACAGCUAGUUGGAUUUUUGGCGGAAGAGGAGCAAGGCUACCUCUCGGCCAUUAGCAGGCAGAUGCUGCGAACCCACCGCCCUUUCAGAUCCGUCAUCAUGGACCGCACCGGAAAGCCUGUCCUAUGGAUUCGCCGACCAUUCGCUUUCAUAAACUCGCGCAUCUUUGUGCACUCGUCCGAAGCCGCCGACUCCACCCUCGUCGGCGAAGCGCAACAAUCAUGGCACCCCUGGCGUCGCCGCUACAACCUUUUCCAGACUCGCGAACACGGAGAAACGUUUAGGCAGUUUGCAAAGAUCGAUUCGGGGUUCCUAGCGUGGGACUUUUGGUUGAAAGAUAGAGGUGGACGAUUGGUGGCUAGUAUCAACAGAAACUUUAGAGGUCUGGGUAGGGAGCUGUUUACAGACACUGGACAAUAUGUUAUCCGAUUCGACUCGGCGGGGACAGAACUCGAUCUCGCCCCAGGAUCCAAUGUCAACCUUCAAGGACAGUCUCUGAUCCUGCCCCAAUCGUCCGAGGGUGGAUUGACAUUGGACCAAAGGGCCAUGGCUCUAGCCACUGCUGUUUCGAUCGACUUUGACUUUUUCUCGAGACACUCGGGCAGCGGCGGCAUGGGCUUCCCACUGUUCUUCUGGGGAGGCGGUGACGGCGGUGCCGACGCCCAAGCCGGCUCUCGACCGAGCGAUGUCCAGGGCUCGGACGUGGCCGGUGGAGCUGCAGCGCGCGCCAUGGGCAGUGCAGCGGGUGGUCUCUCUGAAGACGAGCAGAUCUACGGCCGCCAGCCACCUUCUGCCGAAUCCGGAUCUGCCCCACCUCCCGCACCCGAACAAGGUCAAUACGGAUGGCCCGAAACAUGGCCGGAAGAUAUGGGAGGAGUAGAAGGCUUGGAAGGGUAUCAGGAACAAGCUGGGUGGAGUGAGGAUGAGGUCAUGCAAGAUCCGUGGGGGCAGCAGCAAGGUGGAGGUGAUGAUGGGGGAUGGUUUGGAGGUGGUGAUGGCGGUUGGGGAGAAUAA